AAAAUGGCAAAUACUUCAGCUGUAUUAGAUGUGGUGACAGAAAAUAAAGACAUAUCUUCUUUAUUAAAAGAUAAGGAGUAUGACAAAUCGAGUAUUUGUAGCGGUUCUUGUGAUAAUUCUUUUGUGCAAUCUCCAAGCCUGGAAAGUUUUUCAACAAUUCAAGACAUCGAAAACCUGUCUGAACUAAAUAUGGAUGAAAAUUCGGAUUUGUGUGUUAAAAUAGAUAAUCCACAGAAACAUUUGGAUACAUUGGAAACGUAUAUCACGUUUAGAAUAACGACCAGGGUGGCAAGAAUCGAAUUUAUUGAUAAUGAGUACAUUGUACGUAGAAGAUACAAUGAUUUUAUAUGGCUUCGGCAGCGUUUAUUAGAAUGUCAUCCAUUUUGCAUUAUCCCUCCACUCCCAGGAAAGCAUUCACUUAUGGGACAGUUAGAUAGAUAUUCCAAAGAAUUUAUUAUACUAAGGAUGAAAGCCUUAAAUGUAUUUAUACGUAGAAUAGCGCAACACCCAAUACUGAGUUGUAAUGAACACUUUAAAGUUUUUAUAACAGCGCAACCAUCGGAAUUCAGUGUACAUCGUAAAAAUCGUCCAAAAAGUGAUAACAUAAAAACAAAUAUAUCCCAUGCAAAUUCUAGUCAUUCAAACUUUAAAAAUCGUCAUUUGGAAUUUGACAAAACAAAAACCUAUUUAAACACGCUAUCGGAAAAACUAGCCUCCAUAGAAAAAAUAUCUAGUCGUAUAAACAAAGAUAGAGCAGAAUUUAUUACAGAGUUAAACAGUUACCAUCCAAUUUACACGUCUUGGGCUACCAGUGAGCCGGAAUUAAGUGAUAUACUGCAAAAUAUAGGAAACGCCUUGGAAAGAAGCACUUCAGCACAAAGUGCUUUAGUACAAAGUUAUAAUGCUACAGUUGGCAACCCUAUCAAAGAUUUUAUAACUUACAUUGAUGUUGUACAAGAUACUUUAAAGAAAAGGGAGGCUUUUCAGUAUGCCUAUGAAAUGUCGAUGGAGGAACUAAACAAAAGACAUGAUGAAAAAGACAAGUUAGUGGCAAAUAGUCAAAAUCCGAGCACUAAUUCGGCCUCCUUCUCACUGUGGAAGCAGCAAAGUAGUGAUGACAAAUUGGAAAAACUUGGGACUUAUAUUCCGCAACUGUUGAAAAAGGUCGAGUCAAAUCAAGAUAAUUUGGAAUGCGCCAACGAGUCGUUAAGAAGCGAUUUGGCUAGGUGGCACCAAGAAAAACAACAGUGCAUUAAAAAUAUUUUGUUGGAUUUUGUUAAUAAACAAAUUAAUUUUCACCAGGCUAAUACAAAUGCAUGGGAACAUGUUACUAAUGAGUUACAACAGAGUAAUGCUUUAAAAAAGCAAAACCAAUAAUCAAAAUUAUUUUAGUUGAUCUCAUUCCAUUAUUAUUAUUUAUUAUUA